AUGCAUCUCGUUUCAGCCAUAAUCGUAGGAAGCAGCAGCGACUCCGAAUCGUUGUCUGCGGUGAUCGGAAAGAAGAGUCCCCUGCAAUAUAACAACAGUAGCGAAGACGACGAUGAUGUCAAAUUCAGCUGUGGCAAAAAACGAAGGCUGAAUGUCACAGAACGCUACAAAAACGUUAGCAAUAAAAUGGCGAAAUACUGUCCAAUUUGUAGUUAUAAGACCGACGAUAAUAAGCUGACCAGGCACAUCGGCAUUAAGCACGAAAAGUGCUUAAAAUACCCCGCAAAUCGUAGCUUAAAAAAGAUUGGAAUGACCCUGGGGAAAGAGUCAAGGCGGUCGAUCUCUUUAGUGCUAAUGUCGAAUAUCAAGGAGAAGAUGGGCCCGUAUUGGGGCGACGUCAGCUUUCGGCGAAUUGCUUUCCAACUUUGCGUCAUAUGA